AUGACUAAUUCCCCGCUGUCAGACCGUGCGCUUCGGCGACGUGGACACGCCCGCACCAACUGCGCGUGUCUCCUCCCUCCUCCUGCUGCUGCUGCUGUUCAUCCCCUGCUCAUCGGAGCUUAACAUCAUCAGCACGCGGAUGCCACUGGCCACUACCGCCGCUGCCGCCGCCGCCGCCGCUGCUACUGCUGCUGGGUUUACAUUGAGCCAAUCGCUUCGCCCACCCGACCCACCCGUGCAGUUAUAUCUCGCGCGUACGACUUUAGCAAAAAGGGGGGCUUGCUUGAUGAAGUGAAAAUCAUUUUGUAGCUUCUGUUAAUCGUUCCUUACCCCACCCCCUUUCACUUCCCCCCACAUCCACCCUCUCUUUCUCUCGUUCGUUCGCUCCCUUUGGGUUGUCUCACUCACACACUUAACACACACACCACACACACACAGAGGUAUCACUUUGGCUGCAGGCAGGGCUGAACGAAAGUCAGCGUGCGAAGGUUUUCCCACCCCCCACCUCUCCUCCCCACCACUGCUCGCGGGUGUUGACAGCGGCUAUGCGUUCAAGACCAGCGCUCAAAGUGAACAGGGCGCGCUGCGGUGGAUGGAUCUUUGCUUGAGCACAGUUGGGGUGACAAGAACGCUCGCUUGUACGUCGCAAGCAGACGCCCUGAAUUGAAGGAUUUGAACUCCCAGAAUCAAGAGAAUAAUUGGCACUUGUAUGACGUUGCCUUCACUGCAAAUCAGUCGGAAUGAUGCCACAGACUGAACUCCCUUUCCUCUUGGCCUUCAUUAGUCAACUUGUAGCCCAGGAAAACCGGCAGCAUGGGCCAGUGUUCGUGGAAGAGCCCAGCGACGUGAUGUAUUCGGUGGAAUCGACGGAAAGGAAGGUGGUCUUCAACUGCCAGGCGCAGGGAAGCCCUCUGCCCACGUACAGGUGGAUGAGAAACGGCACGGAGGUGUCUGUGGGGGGUCGCUACGGCGUCGUCAGCGGGGGGCUCGUGAUCUCGCACCCGGCCGAAGGGAAAGACGCCGGCACCUACUACUGCCUCGCCUCCAAUGCCGUGGGGACCGUGCGGAGCAGGGAGGCUGCCCUGCAGUUUGCUUAUCUGGAGAGCUUCCGCACCAAGCACCGGGGUACGGUGGCUGUGCGACAAGGCCAAGGAGUGGUGCUCAUCUGUGCACCUCCGCCGCACUCUGCAGAGCUCGCUUUCGACUGGGUAUUCAACGACUUCCCGAUCACCGUGCAGUCAGACGGACGCCGCUUCGUGUCGCAGGCCACGGGGAACCUGUACAUCGCCAAGGUGGAGAACUCGGACGUGGGCAGCUACACGUGCGCCGUGACCAACACGGUGACGAGCACGCGAGCGCUGAGCCCCGCCACACCGCUCGUCCUGAAGUCCGGCGGAAUCAUGGGUGAGUAUGAGCCGCGGAUCGAGGUCAGCUUCCCUUCGAAGACGCACGUCUUGAGAGGGGACAUGGCUCGCCUGGAAUGUUUCGCCCUCGGAAACCCCGUUCCCCGGAUAUCCUGGAGAAAGAUUGAUGGAGAUCUACCCACCAAGGUCGUGCUGUCCAAGUCGAACGCUGUCCUUGAAAUCCCGAACGUUCAACCAGAGGACACUGGCUCCUACGAGUGCAAGGCGGCGAAUUCCGCUGGAAGGAACACGGCUCAAGGCAAGAUAACCGUCUACGCUCCUCCACAAUGGCUUGAGCCAAUUAGCGAUGUGGAGCAAGGCCUGGGAGACACGCUGCAGUGGGAAUGCAGGGCCACAGGCAAACCACAGCCUGCAUACAAGUGGAUGAAAGAUGGGGUGCUUGUGGGCGCAGAGGGAAGGGUGCGCGUCUUGGAAAGCGGCGAUCUCAUCGUCGGCAACGUGAAGCCGUCGGACAGAGGAAUGUUCCAAUGCAUCGCAGAGAAUAAACACGGACGUAUCUACUCCAGCGCCGAACUAAAGGUCAAAGCAUCGCUGCCAGAUUUCAAAAACAAUCCCGUGCCCAGAAUCACUCCGGCGGCUCGGGGCGGACAGGCCGUUAUUAAGUGCGAGCCAAGAGCGUGGCCCAAGCCCACCUUCUCGUGGACCAAAGGAAACGUUCUCGUCCGCAUCGGAGAAAGGAUAAGCAUCCUGGACAAUGGAAGCCUCUGGAUCGAGAGAGUCCUGGAGGGUGAUGAAGGUGGAUACACGUGCACAGCUGAAAACCAACUUGGAAAAGCCAGCAGCACCGGCUACCUGGAUCUGAAAGAGUCUACACGAAUCACGGUGCCGCCGCUCCCCAAAAUGGUGACGGUGGGACAGAGCGCGGUGAUGCCCUGCAGAGCCGCUCACGACCCUUCGCUCGACAUCAUGUUCCUCUGGUCACUCAACGGGCAGCCCAUUGAGCUGGACAAGGCGAGUGACCACUACCACCGCUCCGAAGUGUGGCAGAAGCAGAAUUUCGGCGACCUGACGAUAAAGAAGAUCCAGCUGAGGCACGGCGGUAAUUACACGUGCUGGGCACAAACGGUCGUGGACCAGGCCGUGGCGACAGCGGAGCUAAUGGUGCGAGGUCCUCCAGGCCCUCCAGAAGGGGUGCUUGCUGACGAUGUGACCGACACAACUGUGGUGCUGUCCUGGAGCCCCGGGCUAAACAACCACAGCCCCAUCACUGCCUAUAAAGUGCGAGGCCGAACGCCCUUUACUGCUGAUUGGCAAGACGUCAAGACGGAUCCAGAAAACAUCGCAGGCGACUCAGAAAUGGUGAUGGUGGUGGGACUGACGCCCUGGAUGGAUUACGAAUUCCAGACAAUCGCCACCAAUCUCCUGGGAGACAGCGACCCCAGUGCGCCAUCCAGGCGCGUCCGGACGUUGGCAUCUGCCCCCAGAACACCUCCAAGUAACAUCGGCGGCGGCGGUGGACACGCUCAUGAACUUGUCAUCACGUGGACGCCCGUGGAGAGAACGCAUCGCUACGGGCCCGACUUCGGCUACAUCGUGGCCUUCAGGGAGAACGGGACGAUGCCUUGGAGGAAAGUCACCAUUCCGCUGGCCGAGUCCUCCAGAUACAUAUACCGCAAUGAGAGCACCAAGCCGUACACGGCCUUCCAGGUCCAGAUCAGGGCGUACAACAUGAACGGAGAGAGCGCCUUCAGCGACAUCACCAUCGUGCACUCGGCGGAAAACGAACCUAACGUGCCUCCAUCAAGCGUGACUGCAAGGAGCCUGUCAUCCAAGGAAGUAGAGGUGAUGUGGAGACCAGUUCCACUCAAUGCAAGCUUGGAACGUGUGCAAGGAUAUGAAAUUGUGUUCUGGAAAAGUGGCGAGAGGGAGGACACGGCGGAGAGGAUCAGGGUGGCUGGCUCGGACACGGCCGCUCGGAUCUCGGGGCUCAAGUGCAACACGCAAUACGAGGUCGCGGCGCACGCCUACAACAGCGCAGGUGUCGGACCCCCGAGUGAAGUAACGACGGUCACCACCAAGAAAUCACCACCCAGCCGACCGCCAUCUGGACUUCAGUUGCGUCGCGACGGUGGAAGAGUGACCCUCGACUGGGAGAACGUCGUCGCGAGAGAAGAUGAGUCUGCGGUUACGGGAUACAGGAUCACGUAUCACUCGCUCGAAGGGACCACGCUGAAGGAGAUCGUGACAAACCAGACAUAUGUGGAGCUGACCUUCCCUGACAGCGAAACGUACGUCAUCCAAGUGAGGGCACACAGCGAGGAUGGAGAGGGCCCCGCCAGUCCCCAGCUCCGUAUCCGGACUAACCCCGACGCAAACGCGGGCAACUCCAGCACAUCGAAGAGAGGCCCGUCAUUGCCGGCGCACGUCUUGUUCAUCAUCCUGGCUAUCGUCCUCACGACACAGGGUUCUCUACCGUGAAUCUGCAAAAUGAAGAUCGCAUCGAUGGAUUUCCUCCCAGCGGAAAAAAAAAAUGAUUCUAAGCUUAUGUAGAGCUUUAGGAACCUGAAAUUGCACUGGACUAAUCAUGGCUUAUUUUAAUUAUUACGAUAUACCUGGAAUUUGCAGCUGUCCUUUAACAAAAAAUGCUUGUUUAUUCAUUCAGCCUAUAUACGAAAACAAGAUGUAAUAAAAAAUCAAAUCGCAGAAACUACUGUACUUUUACUGCAGUAGCUUUGUUUUACAUGUUUUAUACCCAAAAAGAAUCAGCUACGUUCACGCCUCUUCAUUGUGGUCACUGGACAAUGGUCGAGUGUUUCAUGUUCGUGGCAACUUCCAAGUAGCAGACACAUUUUUAUUCCUUUCUGAAUUGAUGUCGUACUAAGUCGCAACGAUUCACAUUCGGAAUUCGCAGUAAUUGCAUACACCUAGAUAUUGAUUUUAUUUGCACAAGUAUGUAUAGUUGGAAAAUAUAUUAUUUGUUCUUUUUAAAGAUGAGCAAUGAAUGUUGGAAUGAUUGACAGUUCACUUUCAAAAACACGAAAGUUCGCUCGUACGUUCGUUUUUCAGUCCGCUUGGUCCUGGUGAACGUCCAGACCCCCCUCUCCCUGGCGACAGACUUCAGCACUACUAUACACUACACUAUACACUACUACACUAUAUACUACUACACUAUACACUACUAUACACUACUACACUAUACACUACUACACUAUACACUACUACACUAUAUACUACUACACUAUACACUACUACACUAUACACUACUAUACACUACUACACUAUACACUACUAUACACUACUAUACACUACUAUACACUAUUACACUAUACACUACUACACUAUACACUACUAUACACUACACUAUAUACUACUACACUAUAAACUACUAUACACUACACUAUACACUACUACACUAUACACUACACUAUACACUACUACACUAUACACUACUAUACACUACUACACUAUACACUACUAUACACUAUUCACUACUAUAAACUACUACUAUACAGUAUACACUACUACUAUACUAUAUACUACACUAUACACUACUACAUGAUACAUUACUAUACACUAUACACUACUAUACACUAUACACUACUACAUUAUACACCACUAUACACUACACUACUAUACACUACUAUACUAUACACUACUACACUAUACAUAACAAUACACUACACUACUAUACACUACUACACUAUACACUACACUAUACACUACUAUACACUACUACACGAUACACUACUACACUAUAUACUACACAAUACACUACUAUACACUACUGCACUAUACACUACUACACUAUACACUACACUAUACACUACACUAUACACUACACUAUACACUACACUAUACACUACACUAUACACUACUACAUUAUACAAAAACUGCACUAUACACUACUACACUAUACACUACACUAUACACUACUAUACACUACACUAUACACUACUGCACUAUACACUACUACACUAUACACUACACUAUACACUACUACACUAUACACUACUACACUAUACACUACACUAUACACUACACUAUACACUGCUAUAGACAGACUCUAGCUCUUCCUGGGUAAUUCCCAGGCCUGCCGAGCGACAUCGUCCCGCCAGCAGCAGCAGCAGCAGCGUGUCCCGGGGUCGGCCCGGGGUCUUGGCCCAGUGGGACGUGCUGCUGCUGCUGCCCGGUAGAGUAUGAACGGAGAAUAUGAACGGGGAAUACACGAUAUUUCGUGGAUUAUAUCGCGUCAUUCUUUUCUUCUCGGCAGCUUGUAGUAUGGAAAUGGAAAUACACGUUUCUUGAGCGGCACUCCGUUUAUUACAAGAAAACAGAAGGUUUUGGCAAAGGUUGAAAUGCCGCAGUGGAAGAUUGGCUACACACACACACACAUUACAUUGAAACAGGGGGAAGCAUUUACUUUCAUCCUCGCGAAUGACAACAUCCAUUCGAGCGGGUGAAAUUCUAGACCUACUCCAAAGGCUAAGCUUUGCAUCUCAGUAUCACCUCCAGCAUCUACCCCGAGUACUUAUCACUCGAUCAACCCCGUGUGAUCAACCCUGUGUUGAUUAAUACUGUGUCGAUAAACCAUGUGCGAUCAAUCAUGCGUUGACCAGCCCAUGCGUUGAUCAACCCGAUGUUAAUCAACCCUGUGUGGAUCAACACAGAUUUUAUCAACCCUGUGUGAUCAACACAGUGUGAUCGAUACUGUGUCGAUAAACCAUGUGAGAUCAAUCAUGUGUUGAUCAACCCGGUGUUCAUCAAGCCGAUGUUAAUCAACGCUGUGUUGAUCAACCCUGCGUGAUCAACUCUGUGUGAUCAAAUUUGUGUUGAUCAACCUAGUGUGAUCGAUACUGUGUCGAUAAACCAUGUGCGAUCAAUCACGUGUUGAUCAGCCCAUGCGUUGAUCAACCCGAUGUAAAUAACCCUGUGUUGAUCAAGCCUGUGUGAUCAACUCUGUGUUGAUCAACCACGUGUUAACAUCAACAGACUGGUUUGAAUUCACAU